CUCUCCGGCAAGGUUAAUACAAUAUAUAUACAUACAUACAUAUAUAUAUAUAUAUAUGUCCUUUAACAACUUAGAACUCAAUAUGAUGGAAGUAGGAGAGACUUCUCCAUCACCACUACCAUCAAUAGCCACCAAAACUGAGCCUGUCACCAGCAGUCCCGAGCGGCAACCAAUUAUUCCGAAGAAAAAGAAGAAGAUUAAGAAUGGUAGAAGGUUUAGUAAUGAGCAGAUAAGGUCUCUGGAGUCCGUUUUCAAGUCGGAAGCAAAGCUUGAGGCGAAGAAGAAGGUGCAGGUGGCAAGAGAGCUCGGUCUGCAACCUCGCCAAGUAGGCAUAUGGUUCCAGAACAGAAGAGCAAGGUUGAAGUCGAAGCAAAUAGAGCACGAGUACAGAAUACUCAAAGCCAAUUACGAUACUCUAAAUUCUCAAUUCGAGUCCUUGAAGACAGAGAAGCAGUCCUUGCUCAUACAGUUGCAGAAGCUAAGUGAUCUGUUCAGAAAAUCUCGAAAUGGAGGCGAGGAGGGAAGCAAAUAUUUGGGAGGAAAUAGUGUAGAUAUUGGCUCGGAUGAUGGAGAUCAUGCUUAUUGUGAGAUCAAAAGAAAUCCAAGCUAUUUAAAUGAAGGAUUGGACGAAGAAAUGCUAAUGUGUUCGAACGAUGAUGAGAGAGGAGAGGCUGAGUACUUUGUGAAGGAAGAAGAAGUAGUACUACCAGAACUUCUUCUAAACAAUAUGAGCGAUCAAGCAAAUUGUUCCUCGGCAACACCUGAAAAAUGGUGCAGUUUUGAUGGUACUUCAGGUGGCCUUUUUGAUCACUCAUGUGGGAGCAACUCAAAUUGGUGGGACUUGUGGGCUUGACAGAUGCACUCCAACUUCCAAGGCUUUAAUUAUUUGCUCAAGACCUUUCCCAAUUAACCUCAGAUAGAUUCAAUGUAUUUCACUAAUUUAGAUUGUGUAUAUGUAUAUAUGAUAGAAAAGAGAGAAACAACAAAUGAUCAUAAAUAAAUAAAAAAGGUUAGGAGAACUUGGGAAAGAGCAGCAUUAUUUAUAUAUGUCAGUUCAUAUGCAUGUGCUUCGGCAGCAAGAUUGCAAGAUCAUGAGUUUGUACAUGUAUUACACCUAGCAUUAAGUGCAUAGAGAAUGUAUAUGAAUUAAUGCUCUGAAUUUAGCCAGCAGUUUGAAUUA